AUGGACCCCCAAAUGAACAAGCUCCUCAAAUGGAGUGUCCAAAAUUCCCAACAGCAGGCCGAAGACGGCACCACCACUGCCCCUCCCAGCGCCGAAGAGGCGUCGCGCAACCUGACCCCGGACAUGAUCAAUGCGCUGUUCGGAGGUCCAUCCGACGCGGAGCUCAUGAAAGCCGCCAUGGAGGUACUGCACUCCGACGAGUCCGAUCUGGAGAACAAAUUGAUCGCCUUCGACAACUUCGAGCAGCUGAUCGAGUCCAUUGACAAUUCCAACAACCUCGAGCCGCUGGGCUUGUGGACUCCGCUCGUCAAACUGCUUCAGCAUGACGAGGCAGACAUGCGCCGCAUGGCCGCCUGGUGCAUUGGCACGGCCGUGCAGAACAAUGAGAAGGCUCAAGAUAAGCUUAUCGUCUUGAAUGCGAUCCCAAUUCUCGUGACAAUGGCCACUACCGAUGCCAACCCUGCCGCCCGCAAGAAGUCCGUCUAUGCGCUAUCGUCCGCUGUACGCAACUACCAGCCUGCGAUGAACGAGCUGGUGAAGAGCUUGCCAGAGGGUUAUCCCAAGGACAAAGUUGAUUCUGGAGACAUGGAAGCUGUCGACGCCAUCAUUAACCAGCUUCGUGCCCAUCCGGCCCCCUCAGCAUGA